AUGGACAACGUUGUACUAACAUCUGCAUCGCAAAUAAGUCCCAAUUCAGGUAAUCCGCUUAGUUCUCAAACGGUUCCACCAAUAGCUUCUGACUCAACAACAAUUGAAGCACUUCUUGGAAAUCCAUUAGAACCACCACCAACAGUUGACGAAACAAAAGUCGAUGGAAAUUUUCAAACACAUCUAGAUGUUAAUUAUCAAGCGCAUGAUGUAGCUUUAGCAACAGCAAAAGCUAAUGGACAUGAACAAACGAAUGGUUUAAAACUUGGUGCACCUCAUCAAAUGGAAAUAGAUGAUGGUUAUGAUCAUCUAGAUAAAACUAAAUCAUGCUGUUCAAUGCUUAACAAAUUAUUUCUUGCAUUGGCUAUUGUUUGUUUUGCACUAUUUCUUUGUAGUAUUGCAUUUAUUGUUGCCAAUCUCGACGGCUUAAAUGGUAAACAAAAUUUACAUAGUCCAUCUCGACUAGCAUAUCCAUAUCAAACUGGCGAGCCAUUUACUUCAUCGGAUAAAUUAAUCAAUAAACCCUAUUUUAAUUUAACACAUCCAAAUCGAGGAGGUAUUACUGUUAUAUUAUCACGUCGUGGUGCAUCUGUUAAUGAUAUAUUAAUUCCAUAUAUUGAUAAUAAUGGUCGAAAACAAAAUCGUUCAAUUAUUUUUAAGAAUACAAAUGAAAAUCAUUUUGGUUCAAUACGUUUUGGUUUUGAUGAAGAAAUCAAUUCAUUCAAUAUGACAAAUCAAUUACCAUUAAAUUAUCCAUUUUUAAAUUCAUAUAAUGAAGAUUGGUCAAUGUAUGGUGAUAUAAAUAAACCUUAUCGUGUUCGUUUUGUAAAUGGUUUAAUUGAAGUUAUUUAUGAAUUUUCAUCAUCGAAUAUCAAUGAAUUUAUGAUGACAACUAUUGUAUCAGCUGCAUUAAAUGAACAGAUGAUUGCUGAUCCAACAAAUAAUAUUUAUUUUAAUUUACGUGGCUAUGGAAAUUUGAGUACACAUCAUUUAAAUCUUAGUGCAUCGACACCAAUCAAUAUAAAAACGAAUGAACAAAUUCAACAAAAUCAAUUAAUACAAGGACAAUAUGUUGAUCAAUUAACAAAUAUUAAUCAUAAUUUUUAUAAAUUUGAUCGAGCUGGAAUUGGAAAAAAUUAUAUUGCAACUUUAACAGAAAAGGAAACUAAAACAAUUAUGAAUAUUUUUGCUGAUCAUUCUGGUGUUAUUAUUGAUCCAUUCGGUGUUGAAUCAUCAAAUCAUAGUAUGUAUGGUAUUCGUAUUAGUCCAAGACAAUCACCUGUUUAUCAACCUAUGUCAAUCUAUGGUCCAACUUUAGUUGUUCAUCCAUCUCAAGCUAUACAUACAACAUGGUGGCAAUUUGAAUAUUAA